GCGUCCCGCAGGGAGCCUAGUGGCCUGACACCGUUGUCACCCUGGUGUCACUGCGCCCUCCGCCGCCCUCCGCCGCCCGCUGCUGGCUGUUUAGCAUGCUGCUCCCUCCCAGCUCCGGUGCAGCCGCCGUCUCACACAUCAGCCGGCUGUCUCACCCGCAUCUGUGGCACCGGGCGACCUGCCGCGACCCCACAGGUGUGCCCAACUCAGGUUUCUAUUCUCCAUUGACAAUUUUCCACAAGCUGAACCUGUCACCGAUUAAUUUUUUUCCUUUCAAUAGGUUACUAGCAAACUUACCUGUGGCUGUGGAAUCAGUUCAAGCUGAAGAACCAAGCAGAGGAGAUCAAAAGAAACUCCAUUCAGUCAGACCACUGAUCUACUGAACAAUGUCCUCACUCAGAAAUGCUGUCAAAGGACAGAAGUUCCACAGAGAGAGGCAUCAGCCUGCAGCCAGACAGCACCUGGGCCUUCUGGAGAAGAAGCGUGACUACAAACAGCGGGCCAACGAGGAAAACAAGAAGAAGCAUCAGCUGAAAGCUUUGAAACGCAAAGCCCUCAACCGCAACCCAGAUGAAUUCUACUUUCACAUGGUCAACUCGAGAACAAAGGAGGGGCGUCACCACGAGGUGGAGGCCGGCGACGAGCUGCCCGAGGAUCAGCUGGCGCUACUGCAGAGCCAGGACAUCCGCUACAUCCGACAGCGCCGACAGCUGGAGACUAAGAAGCUGGCCCGGCUGACGGCAGAGCUCCACCUGCUCGACGCGGAGGGAAAACCCAAAAACACACAUGUUUUCUUCACCGACGACAAGAAACAGGCCCGCACGCUGGACGUGGCCGAACGACUGCGCACGGCGCCCGAGCUGCUGGACCGGGCCUAUAACCGUCCCACGGUGGAGCAGCUCAGCGUGAUGAAGGCGCCGCGCGCAAUGGACGAGGAACAACUCGACCGGAUCUUGGCCGAGAAGAAGGCCCGCUACAGUGAGCUGGCCAAGCGUCUGGAGCGGGAGAAGACGCUGUCACUGAUGGAGCGGCGCAUGGAGCUCAAGCGGCACCUGCAGAAUAAGAAGGAGGAGGCGCCGAAAAAGGUGCACCCGGGCAGCUCUACGCAGGCGCCCGUCUACAAAUGGAAGACCGAGCGCAAACGAUGACAGGCCCGCAGCCUAAGUCAGAGUAAGCCUAUUUCACGCGGCAGGUGGCGCUGAGAUCGACGCCUAGGUGACGAAUGGCGCUGAUGUCUUGACAGUGCGGUGAGCUGGGAGCUUGCCUGAUCCUGGAGAGGGAUCUGAACUGGCCUCAGCUGUGUCAGGUUUGUCGUCCACCUAUUUCUGGUAUAACCGUAAGAAAAAUAUACUGUAGCUUUGUUAA